AGUGGCAAGCACUUUUUGGCAUUAUCAGUUCGUGACCUCAUUUUGUGCUUUAAGGAGCUUGAGUUAAUUUGUGGCGAUAUGCCCCUGAAUGGUAUAGUCAAGACCAUAUGUGAGGAGUUUCCUCUGUCCGGUGGAGUAGACACAAUGAAUUUUUCUUUUGAGUUGGUCCAUCUUGAUGCCUUAGAGUUAUUUACUCUUUUGGCCACUCGUGUGUAUCGUUCCCGGUCACCGGCUGCCACGCAAUCAACGGAAGAAAUCGUGGAGGCGGUGCGUCCGAGCGAAUCGGGUUCUGGAGCGAGGACUCCAUCAAGUUCGACAACGUCAGCUGACCAGCGUGCAGAUGAGACUAGCCUUAUUUCUGGUGCUGGACGAGAGGAAAGGAAGAGGCGACUAACUGCUACUAGUAUCAAAGAGAAGCCUAGUGAGCGAAGCAAGAUUGGCGACUCGGUGGACAAAAAGAUGUUAGGCGCGACCUUGCAUGCUGUGCAUAGACGACAACGUACCACACUCUCAACGCAAUCACCAAUUCAUGCCCCUGACUCAACCGCCGGAUUGAUUCAACGCCGUCCCAGCCGAGUCCCUGGAACAACUAGUCAGAAAGAGUGGCCUUCGGCCGAACAGCACCAGCCUGCCCCACGUCCAAUCUCGGCCAAACGGGGAAAGGUAGGGCAAAUAUUUGAGGCACAGGAUAAAGUUUUCUUAUUUAUGAUGAUAUGCUGA